AUGUCAUCUAACGUUUCAAGUGCAAGUGACGCCACAUCAAAUCUUCCGACAGUUGAACAAGUGAAGGAAUGGAGUCGAGAUGUCGUUAAAGCGUUUUUACAAGGGAACAAAACUAGAUUAGAUCUUGAUGACAGUGAUAUCGAUAAAAUAUAUACUCAGAGGGUUAGGGGUAGUACUUUCCUGGAUUUUACUGCAGUUGAUUAUGAGAGAUGGGGGAUACCGGGUAGUCCAGCUAAGGAAAUCGAAAAGUUGAUUAAUAAAAUUAAAGGAGGUAUUGAUACGGAAACUGAGAAAGGCAAACGGGUAAUAACUCAUAGUGCAGAAAUGGAUUUCCCACUCCAACUGACCCAAAUUCGUAGACGAAAUUCACAUGGAAAGUUUCAGAAACCACCCAACCUUUCAGGCGCAAAACCAAGUGAGGAUGAAAUACAAGAAUACUUUAUAGAUGAAUGUACGGCAUUAAAAUCAUUACCAGAGAUACAACUUUAUGUUGGAGAUACAUAUUCUACACCAUUGCUGGAUACUCGAAAACCAGAUUUUGUAUUUGUUCAAAAAGGAAGGCCUCUAGAUCCAUUGAAUGUUGUAGCUGUCGGUGAAAUAAGAAAGCGAACCGGUAAUCAUUUUAAAAAUGCUGAUAUAGGACACGCAGUAGCUUUUGGUGAAAAAGUGCUCCAGCUUCAACCACGACGACAGCAUGUAUACGCGCUGGGAUGGAUUGAACCUUCAAUAAAUCUUGAUGGAACUAUUGUAACAUUGGUUCGAUCUAUUAGUUCAGGUAGAACUAGCAUUGUAUAUGAGGGAAUUCUUGAGAAUAGUGAAAGUUCUGUAGUCGUAAAAAAAGCCAAAAAUGAAGAAUACUUAUCUUGCUUUAUCAACGAAAAGAAUGCAUUGACUAGACUGUCGGAUCUGAAUUCGCCUUAUCUUCCAAAACUCCUUCUGAGCAAUGACGAUACUCUUGUUAUGACUCCUCUAUGCACUAAAAUCAAUAACCUACAAAUUGAAGAUAUUGAAAACAUCGUUGAAACCCUUAAAAUAGUACAUUCUAAUUUCCAGCUUGUACAUAUGGACCUUCGAAAGUAUAACUUGCUUCGUGAUGAUGCUGGCAAUAUUUUAAUUACUGACUGGGGAUAUAGUAAAACACAAGGUGAAAAUUCGCCAUUUGCAGGAGCUCUUGAAUGCAUGCCCGACAAUGUUCUUAGAUCAUUACUUAAUGAUGAACAAAUUAAUUAUGAUCCAACAAUUGAUUUGAUAUUGCAAGAUAUAUUAGAUUUUUGGGCUGUUAAUGGAAAAUCCGAAUGGUGGAAUACAAUUAGUUCUGAUGCCAAGAAUUUGAAUUAUGUUAAAUUACUUGAAGAUAUUAAAAAGUUGUUUUGA